AUGGACGCUCUCGCACGGCUCGAACGUGAGGACCCAAAGCUUGCGUUCCAAGCCGCAAGACUCAUCGGACUGUACCGGCGCCUGUGGGGGUCAUGCAUGGCAAAGCAUAUGGAGGGGAAGAAGUUGGACAAAGCAAAUGACGGCCUGAGGGAGACUCAACAAAAGCUGAUGAAUGACAAGAACAGAAUGCAGUCAAGCCAUGAUGACCAGCUGGCUCGGUUGCAUUUCUUUGAUCAGGCGCUGGAGUCAUCUCGACUCCGUUUGACGGAAAUACUCAAGGAAUGGAAUCGCUACUCUGAUGGCCUCGAGUCAAAGCUUGGUGAAUAA